GUCUUGAGUAUCACAAUAUAUAUAAACCUGUUCAUAAAAAAAUAUAUUGGUUUACUGAAAAUGAAUAUAAUUAUACAUAUGACUUGGAUAAAGAAGAUAAACUUAAAAAUAUUUCCUCUGAAAUCGAAGACAUUAUUAAAUAUCUUAAGAUGAUAAAGGAUUAUAUACCAUCUAUAUUAUAUGCCGAGUUUCGCAAAGAUAUCAUUAAUCUUACAAAUAAUUAUCAAUCUUUAGAAGACGAAAUUCAGAAUAUACUAGAUUAUCUGUGUGAACCGUCUUUUUAUGACAAAUAA